UUGAUGCAAUUGGAUGGAAUCUUCAAUUUAGAAAUCCUUGGACUUUCCUUGAGUAUAAUUUAAAAGUGUGGAACACAGAGCUCUUCUCCCUUAUCUUUCUAACAAUGGCAACCAUGCUCUUUCCUCUCCCCAACUCUCAUCACCAUCUCACCUUUCCAUCCAAACUUCCUUCUUCCAAUCUAAAGCUUCAGACUUUCUUUAUUUCUCCUCCAAAAAGAUUCAAUCUCACAAACUUGAACUCCCCAGUUAUUACUUUCUCCACAUCUCAUUCUUCUGACCAAUCUCCGUCUCCAACUCCUUUAAUUUCUUAUGACCCACAAAACAAUUUUCCAAAAUUUACCCGCUUUUUAACCAAUGAAGAACUUGAAAGGUUCCAAUUCUUGGAAAACUACACUUAUUCUUGCAAUUUACCAACUGGGUAUUUGAGUAUUAGAAUGAUGAAAGAUGUAGAGCUUCAAAAGACUGUUGAUUUGCUUGCAGAAUCAUUUGCUGAGUCCAUGUUUUUGCCUAAUAUGUACUUGAAUUUUUUGGGUUUUUUGAUAAAGCAAUAUUUGGUUGAUAGAAGAGGUUUGAUGCCAUAUUGUGCAACUUUAAUUGGGUUUUUUAGAGAGGAAAAAGGGGAUGCUGACGAUCAAGAAAAUGAAGGAGAAUUUGCUGGAACAAUAGAAGUGUCCUUUGAUAAAAGGGGCGCUAAUUCUUCACCUCCGACACCAACUGCACCCAAGAAUUGCCCUUACAUUUGUAACAUGACUGUAAAAGAGCAGUUUAGAAGAAGGGGCAUUGGUUGGCAUCUUCUUAAAGCAAGUGAGGAACUGAUAUCAAAGAUGAGUUCCUCUAGAAAUGUUUACUUGCAUUGUAGAGUUAUUGAUUCAGCACCAUUUAACAUGUAUAAAAAAGCAGGAUAUGCCGUUGUUAAGACAGAUAGUUUCUUGGUCCUGCUAACUCUGCAGAGAAGGAAACAUUUGAUGUGUAAGGAGCUUCCUGUUCUGAGCAAUCCUGCGGAAACUGCCAUUGCUAUGGAUGAUGAGGAAGCCCCUUCUUUAGUGGAUGGGAGCGAACCAGAACCUGUAUUAUUUGACGAGGUUUUGCCGAGCUCUGUUGAUAUGGAUGGAUGAAUGACAGAUCUCAGUUGCCAUUUUGCAUGUAUUCAUAAACAAGGAACCGGUGCUUUCCAUCUGCACAAUAACCUAUUAAAGAAACCAGAUUCGGAUGGUCCAGCCUGCUCAAGAUGUCAACUUCUACUCGAAAUUCACGUUCGCCUUCUGCUUCUUUUAGCGGUGGAAGUUCCAUUUUCUUGAUUGCCACAACCUGAGGGAUCCACAAAGCGGCAUCAUUCACUCAGCUGACAGUUUGUUCAAUUUUAAAGGUGGGUUUUGUUGCUCAAGUUGCCAGAAUUCCGCAGGCUUCACCCUGAUCCUGAGAUUUGCUCCUCCUACGCUUGUUCCACGCUGAAACUAACCCAAAGGGCAUUGUGGAAGUUCCAGUUAUCCGCGUAAAACAAAACUAAGUGUUCGUCCACUCAGUGACGCUAAUGAACAUAGACGUGAAUUAAUUCAAUAUGUAAGUAUGUUUACGCCGCUUGUUCUUGUAAUGCAUGUACUGUGAGCAACUAAAAUGUGCAAAAAACGAGUUUAGAGGAAUCCUUAGAAGGAGUACGUAUAGAGGAAUUGAAAACUUGAUUUGAAGAACACUCCAAAACACUUACCUUCCAACAACCUGCAGAUUUUAGAGAAAGAAAGCCAGCUAGAGACUACUUUAAGAAAAAGAAAAAGGAAUUGUCUAAGGCUCUGUUUACCUUUGGAUUUGGAGGAGUGGGGUUGUUGGAUAAGGAAAGAAAAGCUUUAGUUUCUAUUUGGUUUCAUAUUCACAUCUUUUUCCUCCAACUAUUACUCUUGAAAGAGUGAAAAGAUGUUUAAGGCUGUUAAAAUGGCCUUAUCAUGCAUAAAAUAUUGUCUAUUGCAUUAUUUCCCUCCAUAAUGUGUAUGGUGUUGGCACUUUUAA